AGUAAAUACGUACAUGUCACCGGAGAUAGGACAAAACAAACAGCGAGAAGUAAUACCGACAUUUGUAUUAAACUAUAAAGAAAAAGAAGAAACAAAAUGUAUAAAAUAUAAGAGACAGAAAAUUGUCUUAGAACAAGAGCUGUAACAAUAAAAAAAAAAAAAAAGACAAUAUAACCUAAUUCAACUUCAUGAUAACGCGCUAUGUUUUGUGUUUCUGUGUGGUUUGCUGUUUAUCGCUCUAUCGUUAAAUAUUCCGCCGUUGAUGCGUUCGUACAUUGUUCGCGUGCACCUGACGCAAGCUGCAAUUAACUUCGAAAGAGCACGUGAUGAUGGGUGUAUCGUAUAUCGAUCAAACUAAACUCGUUCAGUUUACGGUAAAAGCGGUUAUAUUCACGAACGUCUGAAAACGAAGUGAUCUCAUACACUAAUAUAUACAUAUAUUUAAUAAUCUAUUACACACCACGCGUAUAUAUUGAGCUCAGAAUUUCUCAUCAAAAAUGGCAUCCACAUCCAAGAAGCAAAGUGGCAGUGCUGCUCGCAGGAAGAGUACAGUAAAGUUUGAACUGACAGAGGAUCAAAAAACUGAUAUAAAAGAUGCUUUUGAUUUGUUCGAUCCAGAUGAGACUGGAAAAAUUGCAACCAAGGAGCUCAAGGUCGCCAUGAGAGCUCUGGGUUUUGAACCAACAAAAGAAGAACUGAAGAAACUCAUAACGGAUGUGGAUCCGGAAGGUCUUGGCAAAGUAUCUUACGAAGAUUUUCUAGAUGUGAUGACGGUCAAAAUGUCGGAAAAAGACUCGAAAGAUGAGAUACUCCAAGCUUUUCGUCUCUUCGACGACGACGAUACGGGAAAGAUAUCUUUCAAAAAUUUGAAAAGAGUGGCCCAUGAAUUGGGAGAGACUCUGACAGACGAGGAAAUACAGGAAAUGAUCGACGAGGCGGACAAGGAUGGCGACGGAGAGAUAUCGCAAGAGGAGUUUCUAAGAAUCAUGAAAAAAGCAUAUUUGUAUUAAAUUAACGCAGUAAAGAACUUAAAUUUAGGAAUAAUCCUUUAAGUUUAGGGAAAAACCUCGAAGACUGAUGAAGAUAUUUAGCACAAUUAUUUUUUAUUACAUACUUUGUGAAGAACUAUUUUUUCACAUACAAACUGCCGUCUUUGUAAACAUCCAAUAUAUGAAAAUAAAUACAACGAUAUCACUAUUUUGUACUUCAUAAUACAGUAUUUCU